GUUCAUCGCAUUACCACAUUUAGUUACGUUAGAUGUGGCGAGGCGUGAUGAUGACAGCUAACCAGGCUGUCAGGGAGCACAGACUAACGUGUUUGCCUGCUAUCUGACCACACAGAGCCCUGGGAGUGGAGAAGAGGAUGAUCUCUGAUUUUCUGCAACUGCUUGGCUUCAGAUCAUGGGCUUGGGUUGGACUAUGACUGUGGAGCUCUCUCUACUUGUUUUUUUCUGUCUCAUCUGGCAAGUACCACAAGUAUAGUCUCUGUGCAUGUGCUUACGUGUGUGUCCAUCCAGCAAUAUGCCUACUUUUGAUAGUCUCAGGUCUAGCAGCAGGAGUGGAUCAUCAUGAGGGGGGGUCACCACCAACGAAGGUGUGGGUGUCAGCACCUGUUUAGAAAACUGCUCGGCAAAUGUGGCUGCUGCUUUUCCCAAAUCAGAGCAGAGUCAUACUCUGUAGUGGGCAGUGAUGGCAGCACCGCCCCAUCAGUGAGCUCUGGAGCACACCAGGCCUCACGCAGUUCCAGUCCCUGCUCCCACUCGUCAUCUGGAGGAUCACGGCAUCCUGUCAGUGCCCUCAAGAAAUGGCUCACCAUGCCUGUCUGCAAACUGAGCUCUGAUGCCAGAGGAGGAGCGGGAAAAGUCGAGAAGCAGAUGUGCAGGUCAGUCAGGAGGCACUCGCCAUCAUUUCUUUCCCACAGUGAAGCGCAACUGAGGCCUCUGGAGCCAAAAGAUAGCUACACAAUCUUCCCCAGUGGAGACAAGGUAUGGAGAGACAGUCUGUUGAGUCCAGCAGCUCCUUCUCAGACACAGCUGUUCAAUCAGAGUGACUUAUCUGAACUCCUGCAAGGCACAGACACACAGAGUCUAAGUCAAAAAUCCAGCAUCAACGCUCUCCAGGGGGACGAUGGCUGUGCUGUGGCCAAUGUCUCGGGCAGUCAGUGGUCUGCCACAGCGGACAGUGAAGCGGAGAGAAACAUUGCCUUAGAGAAGAGCAUAUGUGUGCUAACUGAGCUGAUAGAGACAGAGAGAUUGUAUGUGGAAGAUCUCAGACUGAUAGUGGAGGGCUAUAUGGCCACCAUGGCUAAUCAGGGAGUUCCAGAGGACAUGAAGGGGAAGGACAGGAUUGUGUUUGGAAACAUCCACCAGAUCUAUGACUGGCAUAAGGAUUAUUUCCUGGGAGAGCUGGGGAAAAGUGUGGGUGAACCAGACAGGCUGGCCCAGCUCUUCAUCAAACAUGAACGACGUCUUCACAUGUAUGUGGUUUACUGUCAGAACAAACCCAAGUCAGAGCAUAUUGUCUCUGAGUACACUGAGACCUACUUUGAGGAUCUCAGGCGGCAGCUGGGUCACAGGCUGCAGCUUAGUGACCUUCUCAUCAAACCUGUUCAGCGGAUUAUGAAGUAUCAGCUUCUGCUGAAGGACUUCCUGAAGUACUACAGCAGAGCAGGAAGGGAUGUUGAGGAGCUGCAGAGGGCUGUGGACAUGGUGUGUUUUGUGCCAAAAAGAUGUAAUGAUAUGAUGAGUGUGGGCAGGCUUCAAGGUUUUGAGGGAAAAAUCACAGCUCAAGGGAAGCUGCUCCAGCAGGAUACCUUCUCUGUCAGUGAGCAGGAAAGCAGCUUCCUGUCUAAAGGCAGGGAGAGGCAGGUCUUCCUGUUUGAGCAGCUGGUCAUCUUCAGCGAGCCAACUGAUAAAAAAAAAGGCUUCUUGUUGCCAGGGUAUACUUUCAAAUCCAGCAUCAAGGUUAGCUGUUUGGGUGUGGAGACACACUUUGAAGAAGACCCAUGCUGUCUCGUCCUGACCUCCCAGGGGACUGAUGGCAGCGUGACACGGUUCAUCAUGCAGGCGUCGUCACCAGAAAUACAGCAAGCUUGGCUCAGUGACAUAUUCCAAAUCUUAGAGACACAGAGGAACUUCCUUAAUGCCCUUCAGUCCCCAAUAGAGUACCAACGCAGGGAAAGCAAGUCAAAUAGUCUGGGCAGGAACAUGAGUUCUCCACCUGCAUCAGCAUCAUGCCUACAGUCUCACUCCAUGGCAUCCGUGGACCGAUGUCAACACCCCGGCCUGCUGUCUCACAACACCUCCCUGUCUUCUCUGCAUCUGUCCCGACACAGCCCGACCACUGAGGCGGUUUCCAGAUCUUGUGCUGUGACACAGAGAACAGCUCACUCUCCACUUUCUGCACCAGCUCAGUUUGUGCCUAGAGGUGAGACAUGACCGUGAUGCAUCCAAUGGUCUGUCGCCCUGCAGCCAACACAGCUUGCAGGUACAUCAGGCCACUUCAAUUACACAUCCUGUGAUAAAAGAUAAUUUAGUUCUUAAGUUGAAGUAGCAAUAUUACAGUUUAUUUCUUCAGUAGAAAGCAGUUUUAGUGAUAUGUGUAAUAUGACCAAUGCUUAUCGGUUGCUGAUAAUAAUGGAAUAAUAUGAACUCCAUACUGAACAGCUAAGAGAGAAAAUUAGUUAAUAUUUAUGAACUUAACAUUUACAGAACUAUUAACAACAGCUGGCAAUAAUCUUUUUACGUACCUCUAGUGGUUGAACCUGUCACUUUGGUGCAGUGAUGUACAAGUGUACUCCAUGCAUCAGCACGCUGUGAUUUCACUUCUGCAGAGCGAAGCCAAAGAAAGAAAAACAGGGUUAAUAUCAGUUUGGCUUUUUGGGACAGAGAAUGUUAAAAGCAGCCAAAAGGACUCAAAUUUAAUUUGUAUGUGGCAUUCUUUCUUCUAGAUGUGUAAACAUCUAAUGUGUUUGCUUUGGUAUCAUUACAAUUGAAUUCAUACGAUUUUAAUGUGGGAGAAAUUUGAGCUUUUUGUAACAUUAGUGCUUUGUUAGUCAUGUUCAGGACUGUCUCCUCACUGUUGCCAUAGACUCGUUAGUCAGCUAAUGCUAGCUUCCAACUGGUGGCUGUGUUUUGUACAGUUUGUCCCAACCAGGCAUCUGUAGUUUACCUUGUUGCUCAGAAAUAGACGGCUGAAAAGAAAUUAGGUAAUGCACCUUUAAAGAGGCUUAAUUUAAAGGCAAAGUCAUUACUUUAUUUUCACUUUAGUAAAAACAAAACUCUGUUAGCACAACUAGUGUAAGUGUUUGUUGUCAGGAUCACUGAUGAUGAGGGGAAAUGACCCUCUGGUCGCCUUUGUCAAAUAUCCUGUUGUUGUCUGUGCAUGGAUUUGAAAACCCACUUCGUCUAAUCUGUAGCCACUGUCAUUCAGUCAUCCAGUUUAUGGAAACCUCACUGACCUACAGCUUUAUCUCAUUGACUCAGACUUCCACCAAGAGGAGGAAAUGCUUUGACCACAGUGCUCUUAUUAGUUGGGUUUAUCAGAUUCCACAAAGUCGCUGUUGUUCUCCCUCUUUGUGUUUUUGGAUGAGCAGUGUUUCCUUUCUGCUAUGAGUGUACAGCUAACAGGUUUCCUAUGUGCCGUCUUUUUGUCUAUGAUGCUAAUCCCUCAGGGAGAAGUCAGGCUUUCUCUUCUCAGUGUCUGUUUCUGAACAGCACGACUUGGCUUUUUGACCUGUUGUAAAAGCCAGUGGCAGUUAAAUUAAAGCAUCAUCUUAAAGUUGUAGUUUUUCAUGUUGUGCGUGUCAGCAUUGGAGCCUCACAAAACUAGACAUUUUGUAUAUAUACACCCUUUUAAAGCUGCACAGAUCAGUCUUUUUAUAUCAGCAAUGGAUCAGAUGUCUAUAUGAUGUGCAAGGGAUCGACUGUAGUGAUGAACACAACUAAUCUCAGUGCAGCAGAGCAUUUUGGCAUCUUGCAGAUUAUUGUUUAGGUUGUUUCAUCCACAAAUGUUCAGUUUUAAUCUGGUACCAUUUAUUGCACUCUUCCCCCUCAUUUGCCGUCACAUUUAGCAACUAGCUGUCCAACAUAGUGGAGCAUGUUUCUCAGGAGUUGGUAGAGAAUAAAGCUGGGCUAAUAUUGAACCUACAUUCAUCUAGUGACCAGAAACAUGACUCCAAAUUAAUUAUUAUGUUGACUUGUAUCUGCUGGAUGUUUAAAUAAGAUGA